GCGUCACAUGACCAUUAAUCUUCAGUGCAUUUCCGCUUUCACGGCGGCCGAGCUGUUAUCAAUUGCUUUCCAUGGAUGCGUGCAGGAUUUUAGUUGAAGCAUCUCUGCAGUUUCCUCCAUCCUGUCCUCUGUCUCUUGUUUCCGCACUGAAUCAAUGAAAGCAUAAUCAUCCUAGGAUUGCCUCAUCCUCCUCGUCGUCUUCUUCGUCCAGCCCUUCGUCGAUCAAGCGCGGCCGAGCUGGGGGGGAAUCCGGGGAAAGGCAGCCGCGGCGCCCCGCACCGGCCGACGGACACCCCGCCGCGACGCGCCACUAACAUGCUCACCCGUGUAAAGUCCGCCGUGGCCGGUUUCAUGGGGGGAAUCAUGGCCGGGGGUAGCUCCGGGUCAGGCGGCAAUACCGGAUCCGAGCUGCCGCUGAAAUUCCCAUAUAUGAGACCUGAUUUCCUUGGACUGUCCCCGGAUGAGAUCGAGUGCUCUGCUGAUCACAUAGCUCGGCCCAUCCUCAUCCUCAAGGAAACCAGGAGGUUACCGUGGGCCACCGGAUACGCUGAGGUUAUUAAUGCUGGUAAGAGUGCGCUGAAUGAGGACCAGGCCUGCUGUGAGGUGGUAGUAGCAAGAAGGAGGCCAAUGAGCUACUGCCCUCCCUCCACACCCAGCAAGACCCCCACUGCCAAGAGACGCAACUCCUUGCCCAACGGAGAGGGCCUAGGGCUCCAUAUGGAGCACAGCAGACUAGGAGAGGAAAGCGAAGGACUCGUGUUUCACUACUGGGCUUUGUUUGACGGUCACGCAGGUUCAGGUGCGGCAGUUGUCGCCUCCCGCUUGCUACAACACCACAUCGCCUGCCAGCUUCAGGCCGUCAUAGAGAUUUUGCGCAACUUGGCAUCUCCACCCCCAACCGUGCUGGGCGAGGAGCCAGACUGUAAUCCCUACCUCCAGGGAAACACUCCUCACCGUGCCCUGACCCGGGCUGCUUCCCUGCGCGGGGCCACAGGUGCACCAGGCUCCCCUUGCAGCACCCCGCCUCCACCACGCUUCUUUACUGAGAAGAAGAUCCAGCACGAGAGCCUGGUGAUUGGAGCCAUAGAGAACGCCUUCAAAGAGAUGGACGCCCAGAUCGAGAGGGAGAAGCAAGUUUUUAACAUCACAGGAGGAUGCACGGCUCUCACUGUGGUUUACCUCCUAGGAAAGCUAUUUGUUGGGAACGCAGGUGACAGCAGGGCUAUCAUUAUUAGAAACAAUGAGAUCAUUCCCAUGUCGACAGAGUUCACACCAGAGUCAGAACGACAGCGACUCCAGUUCCUGGGUUUCAUGCAGCCUCACCUGUUAGGAAAUGAGUUCACACACCUGGAGUUCCCCCGGAGAGUUCAGAGGAAGGAGGUGGGCAAGAGGAUGCUCUACAGAGACUUCACCAUGAACGGAUGGGCUUACAAGACGAUCGAGGAUGAGGAUCUCAAGUUUCCUCUUAUAUACGUGUGUGUAGAACUUUUGUCUCCGGCUGAGAUGCUAAAUGCUUUAAAAAAAAUUUUUUUAAAAAACCCUAACCAGUUUGUUUUCCAGGCGCGGGUGUUGGCCACCAUCGGUGUGACCCGCGGACUCGGUGACCACGACCUCAAAGUUCAUGACUCCAACAUCUUCAUCAAGCCGUUCCUGUCCUGUUGCCCUGAGGUGAAGGUGUAUAACCUGAUGCAUUACGAACACGGAGCUGAUGAUGUGCUUGUGAUGGGAACUGAUGGCCUCUGGGAUGUCCUUUCCAACCAGGAGGUGGCUGAAGCCGUCACCACCUUUCUAGCUAACUGCGACCCUGACGACUUACACAGGUACACAAUGGCAGCACAGGAUUUGGUGAUGCGAGCACGAGGUGUUCUGAGAGACAGAGGCUGGAGGAUCACCAAUGAGCGCCUGGGCUCCGGAGACGACAUCUCAGUCUUCAUCAUACCUCUCAUGUACGGCAACCGCCAGCCCUGAGGAGCAUUCCACCGAUGCUAUGGUUCAGUGAUGAGAAAGGCCUGUAGACUCAGCAGGAUUGAUUAGUCCUGAACUCAGAGUCCCCCUUUUAGUUUUCUUAUUUAUUUGCUUCCUUAGAAGAAGGUGGCACAUUAAUUUGUUGGUGCUUCAUUUCUCUACGGGAGUUCAGGAUUGAUCAGCUCAGGGGAACUACAGUCAGCAUCGCCAUGUUGGUUUAUUAAGACUCCACAGUCGUGAAAGCUUAAACCGUAGAUAAUUUUAAGUCACUAAAUCAUGUCAUGAAUAAACAAUGUCAAGAAAUAAUUUGCCUGGCAAAACUCAAAUAAGCAAAUGCUUUUCUGAAGUGAAGAAGAGCUUUCUCGCUCUUUCCCUCCCUCCUCUUGUGCUAAACAAUUCUGGGCUCCUCCUUCUACUAUUCCCCUUUCUUUAGUUGAUCCUUCCUUCUCUUGUAGGCUAUUGUAUAUUUAACUUGUUUAUAUAUAUUUAAAAAAAAAAAGAAUACCUCCUUUGUCUUGUGAAAAUGGACCAAGCUGACAUGUCAGCUGCAUUUUCUGUUUUGCCACAGUGUGGCUUUAAAGGACUCACUUGCUGAAGAACUGUUUCAAGUUUGCCGAAGAAAUUAAAGAAGUGUCGAUAUGGGCACAGAACAAGAGGUUAUCCUCAUUUCCCAAAAAGUCAUUAAAGGAUCUUAGCCUUUAUCAAUCGAAAGUUGAGACAGAAGGACUGAUGUGGUUUAUGAACAAACAAACACAUCUGCACAGCAAAAAAAAGUUCACUGUGACAAGUCAUUUAAUCCAGUAACAAGUCGCCAUGUUCUACUAAACGUUUUAUUAAAUUAUUUUAUUUUAAUUAUAUUCUUAGAUAUUUAGGCUUUUGUUGUUCUAGCUAUUCUCUAUCAAUUAAAUAUGAAGCUAAAAUCAUAGUUCAGCUUAACGAAAGAUAAGAAAUAUUUUGGGUGGGGACCGUGGCACAACCAAACUGAUUGUGACCCUAUGUAAUAAGUUAAUGAUCUUGUUACCUUUAAAAAAAAAAUUGUUGCUCUGAGGAUGGGGACAACAUCUGUGACCACUAGCAAUCAGCUGUUUUCUUGACUUUGAAUCAUCAAGAUAGUGAUGAACCACUAAUAAGAAGUGUUCAGUCUGCCAUCAGAUUGAAUUGGUGCAAGUUGGGAAUUUUGUGUGCAGUCAUUGAUAAAACCUGUUGCAAAUUUGUUGCUGUCAACAUGCAACAUUUACAUGAACUACUUACAUUCAGAAAACCUCCAUAAAUAGCGGUGCAGUUGCUGCAGGACAGCGAUGUAACUGCAAAAUAACAUAGCCGGUUUACCUCUAUGGUGCUUGCCUCUGAGUGGUCAAUUGGUUGCCGCAACUUCUUACCAGGCUACUAUCCAUCUUUUUUUUUUCUCUCUCCUAGUUGCAGUGAGGUUGCGGUCCUAUUUUUACUGUAGCGUGGCUAAGCCAUAAGUCAUAAGUGGUUUCUAUCUACUGAUUUGGAAAAUAAAUAUUUUUUUAAUAUAAUUUAAAAUCCUUACAUUUUUAAAUUUGGGAUUUGGUUUGGCAAUUCUCUUGAAGUUAUAAAUAACUGUCUUAACGUGAGAUUAAAUGACUUGUACACCAGUGUAUUUGCACUUUAGGCCAACCCAUAUAACUCACUGAAGACCCAUGGUACGAUGAAGAAGCAAAUAUUCCCUGCAGCAGGGAGGAUUGAUAUAAUUCAUAGCUGUAGUUUUAAAAAGAAAAAUCAUGAAGUACAAUCAAGGUUGAAUCUGAAAGCUUUUGUUUUAUUGUUUUGUUUUUGCAUGUUUCUUGCUUUAGGUGCUUCAUCAGAAUACAGAUGAUGUUGCCUUCAGGGGGACGGGUUUGGGUAAAAUGUGUUACCGUGAGUGGAUGUAGUGGACUGUGUGUCAGUGCAUGCAGUAGCAUAAUGUAGGCCUGGGAUUAUGAGCAAUGGUGCAAUGGUUUGAAUUAUUGUUGAAUUUAUAUAGACUGAAUGAGAACUGGUGAUAAUGUUAUUUGUUAAUGUGCAACGAUCAUGCAUAUAUUAUUGAUUAUAUAUUAUUCCAGACAUUUGGCAUAAGACCCAAAGGAUGAGAGCAACCACAAAGAAAGGGAACAAGAUGAAACUAUACCAAUGGCUAUACAUGAAACCAAAUCAUUUUCUCUUUUUUCCAUAUUUGUUUCAUAUUUUUUAGUUUUAGUUUUAGGAAGUUGCAGAAGAUAUGAAGUAGUUUGUGCUUCAGAAACUUUUUAAUCUCCAAAUUUUUAUUUGUAUGUAGAAAAUUGAAAUUUUGAGAUACAUAACUUGAAAUUUAGAAUAAUUUUGAUGAAAUUUUGACUUGCAGAUAGGGGGGGAAAGUGGUGGAAAAAACUGACACGUUUCACUCCAAGCUGUUGAGGCGAGCAAACAAAUAUGUUUUAGAAGAAAAAUGUGUUUUGAAAAAUUAAACAUCACCAUAGUUGAUGUAUGGGGUUUUGGAAUUAAACCGGUGUAUUUAAAAGUUGACUGCAAAGUUGGAAUAUGUAAUAAGAGGGUGACAACUAUAAAGAAGUCAAUUGUUAAUAAGUAAUGUCCUGAAUGAUGUCAGAUAAUUGAGCUGGAUGAGAAGAAUAUUGGUUAUUCCUGUGUGUAUGGUGCAUAUGAAACUACAGCUAGCAGCUAUCUAGCUUAAUUUAGCACUGAGACUAGAAAAUCAAAUACUGCUGAUCUUUACUGAUACUAUAUAUUAUUAUUUUGAUCUGUAAAAAAGUCAGAGUAUAAAAAUUCCAGUUUUGCUGUGUUCUUUUUUUUUUUUUUAUUUUUUUUUUUUUGCAUAUUAAAAAGUUGAGGUCUGUCUUUACACGUCAAUUUCUGGGCUAGCUGUUUCUAUGCUACACUAAGCUAAGUUAAGCUAAUAGUCUCCUAGCUGUAUCGUUUAGAUUUACUCGUAGGAACUGAGUGUAGUAUUGAAACAUCGCACUUCAUUCUUCCUAAGACUACAUACAUGCAAAUUACUCAAAAUUAUUUUGUGUCACCAUACAUGUACACAUGCUAUUUGUCAUGCUAUCUUGCACAUUGUUUGCAGCUGACAACAAUAAUCUACCUUUUCCUCCAAGAAGCAGUCAUUGAUGUUUACCUGAACUUUGCAUGGUGCAUUUUCCCCUCUUAUACAUUCCAUUAACGAAAUAUUCCAGUGUUAAAUAAUGUAUUGGAAUAUUUUCCUUCGGUUAGGUGUUUAGCAUUUGUUAAUUAAUGAAAAACUUUUCUAAUAAGUGGUUAUUUUCCCUUCAUACUUUACUUUUCCAUGUAAAUGUUUUUGAUGCUACCAGAUCUUCAGCAUCUGACGUGUGCAUCAGUAUGUGUUUUGAAUGUUCAUCCUUCUACCUGUGCUUUAGGCUCUUUAUUAUUGUCAUUAAGCCUUUUUCUCUUAAACGAAUGUGGAAACAUGAGUAUAUAUUUUAUUUUUCUCAUCCUAUUGUGCCACCCAACUACUGCACAUCAACUCAGGUUCAACUGUCAUGUGUCGAUAACGACCUGUUGAGAGUGGUUUUCUAAAGACAGGAGGUGCUCUGUGAUGGUCUUGGUUCCACUGCAUUUGUAAAUAUGUGGGAGAGCAUUGGUGUGUACAGGAAGCUCUUGAUCAGCUUAGUCCCUUCAGUCAACUGUAGGUCUUGCUUUCUGAAUUUGCUGUAUUGUGAACCUUGUCAUUGCUGUUGUUUUUUUCUACCUAAGACUACUAAUGGUUUUAGAAAGAUGCAAAGAGCUGAUUUCUUUUUUCUGUAGCAAAGAGGAAUUUUGAAGCCCAGUGGGAAACCGUUUUAAGUGACCAUUGUGCUACCCUCAAACUCUGUUUGUGAAUGUGAACUGCACAUUUUAUAUAACGUGAAAAUAACUUAUGAGGUCAAAAAGAAAUAUUUUUAAUGUUUCCUUGUGCAACACUUGGACUUUUGGGGGGGAGUGAUGUUUACCUGCAGUGUUUCUUUUCCAGAAAUAAAAAAAGAGACAAUAAAUGUUGAAGAUCAAUCUAAAGUUGUUGUUUGUCUCACUAAAAAAAAAAAAAAGACAGAAAAGGAGUCAAAUGGAGCUGUGCUCAA